CCAUACUACACUUCUGUACCAGAGUAAUCCAUCUUAAAACACUGGCCUGUUUCCUCGGUAACGAAUGACGCCCUGGGCCUGGCCCUGUUGAAUUAAUUUGCCUUUUUUGAACAAUAUUCACGACAAAUUGGAGUAUGGCAGACAGAGGAUAUAAUUUACGGUUUGGACCAGGGGCUGCUGAAUCAGUGGAUCAAUACUUAGAGUACAGAAGGAUUGUUGGUGAUGAUGAUGGAGGCACAUUGUUCACACCGGAGCAGUAUGAGGAGUAUAAGAAAAAAGUCAUCCCAACCCGUAUGAAGAAUCGUUUGUUUGUGAGCUGGACAUCGCCCACUGGAAUGGACUGCAAGAUGAUCGGCCCAGAAACAAAGUGUUUUUGCCAGCACAGGUACAAGCAACAUAAGACAGACUUUGAGAAGAUCCCAACAGAGCGACCCAUUAUGUUGCCUUGCCGGGUCAAAGGUUGUAAGUGUGUCUCCUUCAACUACGUGCCACUCAACGGCAGUCAGCCAAUCAGAUGCCGGUGUAAGCAUUAUUCCGAUGAUCAUUCUGAAGAACAACACCAUGGAUGUCGGAAACCUGGAUGCCAGUGUGUAGCUUUCAAAAGUUCAUUCACCUGCAGCUGUAUGCAGCCGACCUAUGCACACGAGACCAUUGUAGAGACAAAGGAAGAGAGACAGGUCAGGGGUCAUCCUGUGGGUCACAAUGUUCCUUACCAAGCCAUGGGAGGAUUGACAGGGUUUAGCUCUCUAGCAGAAGGGUACAUGAGACUCGAUGACAGCGGACUUGGUACACCAGAUGAAGCAUUCUUGAAUCAAGCCAUAGGAUCAAGUGAUCAUCCAUUCCUACGCAUGCAUGGACCAACACUCAAGCAGCUCGAAGGCAGGAACGGUCAAGAAGUGGCCCAGCUGACCGAUGACAUGGCUAACUUUAAGCUGACAGGGACUGAUGCCGAUAUGGAAUACUAUGAGAAGCGAUACCAGCAGAGGUUAAAAGAAGAGCGGAUGAGAGCAAGAGCUGCCCCGAACAUCAAGCCCCCUGCUCGUAGGCAAGCCUUACCUCAGACAAGAUCAGGAUCAUCGAGUGUUGGUAAAACAAAGCCCACCUCCUCAAGAUCUGGGAAACCUGGGAAAUAGUUCUAGCGUUACCCAGUAGAUCUGAGUGGUAUUUCACUAUAUUAGAAGAACAAAAACAACAAUGGCUGUUUCCUCCCAAUCUGGAAGACCUUAAGAAGUGAACUAGUUCUACCAUCAUUUAGGAGAUGGCCAAUCUGAGUGGUAUUUCACCAAAACUAGUGGAACCAAUAGAAUAAAUGUCACUUCUUCAAGAGCGGGAAAUUUCGGAAAUCAUCGUCCAGGGUGUGUUCUGAGUACAAGUUCACCAAACUGCAAGGAUGAUAGAACAAAUGCCACUUCUUCAAGUACAGAAUUGCCAGAAUUGAAAGAAGAAAAGGUCACAUGCUCAAGAAAACAAUCUCUGAAAUGGAUUAUUUAAUUAUUAUUAUUAUUUAUUUGGCCAUUAAAAAAAAAGAUUACAAUGUAAAUACAAAAUUACAAUUUGAAAUUUAAUAAUUAAAAAUGAAAAGUAGAAAUGAAAGCAAAGAAGAAAAGAGUAAGAAAAUGGUUUUUCCAUGGGCCAGGGCUCGCAAAAGUAAAAUUCAAUACUAUUGCCCAGAGGCAUGCGAGCCCUAAGUACAAGUACAAGCGCUAGGGAGUUAGCAAGUUUUAGAUUAUGCAGGAUUUUUUUUUUAAAUCAUUAGAAUUUGAGUGUGCAAUUUGUUUCAAAUCUAUCAAGGGUUGAGGCAUAAAUUGUUACUGCUAGGAGUCAAGCUGAGCUUCAUAUAUCCAAAAGGCUUUUACUUAAUUGAAUAAAAUGCAUCUCUGUGUACAUCAUUAAUUAAAUUAAAAUUACUAUGGAACCAAAAUAAAUUUCAGAUAUUAGAUUUUAGUGAUAAAACCCUCUUCUGGUAAUUGACAGUACUUUUGAGUGCAAAAAAAUGUGGACAAAUUAAGGUUUGGACAUUGCUAUAUAUAUAUAUUUUUUUUUUUUUAAUUGGUCGAUCUUUUUGUUAAUGCUUCUUUUUUUUCUUUUUCAUAGUUUUUAUUGGGUUUUCAUAAUUUUGUAUAACAAACCACAUAUAAUUAAUACAAGUAAUUUAAAAUAUAACAGAAUAAAUAAAUAAGAAAAGAAAAAAAGCAGCAUACACAUUAUUAGUUUACAUUAGAAAAAGUACAGCUUAUCAACAGAUACUACUUGAUAAACAUGUAGUAAAAGCAGUCACUUUGUCUCUUCUAAGUAUUCAUCAUCCCCUAUAGUAUAGUAAAGGCAAGAAUGUAAUAACAGAAGGAUAAAAAUCAGGUGAUUCACCUAUUAUUAAAGAUUAACAAAAUUCCAUCCUCAGAAGGCAUAUUAAGAUUUUCUUCAGUUACAAAAAUUGAUGAUAGAAUAUCUUACAACUUAAAUCUCCAUUUCCGAAAAUGGCUUGUAUGUUAAUUAUUUUUCUUGGCAAUAUGAUAUUCAAUAUCCUUGUUAGAGGUCAAAUAUGCCUUAUAACCGUCAAAAGUUGGUGGUUUGUUCUGAAAUUUACAAAUAUAAAUAUAAUACUUAAGCAAAAGAAACAAAUAUGUAAGGAAUUUAUCAUCAAUAUAACCGGACAUCUUUUCAAAUUUUGAAACAUUCUGUAAAUCAUGCUUUUUGGUUUCCUUAAUAAUAGCUUUCAUAAUUUCAUCCCAAAUAGGUUUCACAACAGGACAUUCAAUAAAAAUAUGUAAAUAGGUUUCCGGGUCACUGUUACAAAAAGAACAAUUAGGGGAGUCCUUCCUUUUAAUUUUAUACAAGAAAUCAUUGAAACUUAUUGCUUUAUGAAAUAACUUGAAAUAAAAAGAGCGCACACGUGUCAUUAUAGUGGACUUAAAGUUAUUUACAUGAACUUUCUCCCAAUUGACCUCAUCUGUGUUAUGAAGAUCAUUCCAAAAAACUAUACGUUUUUCUGGAACACAUGGUUUAAGUAGAAUACUAUAUGCAUAUUUUGGAAUUUUCUGAGUUCUCAGCAGUGUUACUCUGAUUUCAUCAAAAAUUUCAUUGCUAUAUAUUUGCCUUUAUUGUACAGUGCCCCUCUAUUUUUACCCACAAAUUUUUAUCUCAAUUGUUUAUUUUUUACUGUUCUUGUUAUAGUUUAAUUGAACAUUUCAUCUAAGUGCUAUCUAAGCACAUGCAUUUCAAUCUUUGAAAUAAAAAAUGCCCCGUCUCUCCAGAUCUUUACAUUUAGAUGCAUUAUUAUAUGGAGUGCUAUGAGGGAAAAAAGGAUGCAGUUUAAAAUUUACCUUCAUGAAGAACAUUUCAAAAUUACCAUGUUGAAAUUAUUAAUAUAUAUUGAAUAAUUGUGUUUUCAUACCUUGUUAGGCAUAAAGCAAAAAAAAUGUGUCAAAUUAGUGUUGCCAGAGUGCUGUAUUGUGCAAUUAUAAGAUUUAACUGCUUGCAUAUUAUUCAUCUAUACAGCGCGUCCCAAAAAAAAUGUCCCUCUUAUAUGGGGCUAAAUUACUUCAAAAAAUAAAAAUUAUUCUCCAUGAAAUGUAUUUAACUAGGAAGCUCAUCUCAUGUUCUAACUUCUAUAAAAA